CCCAUCACGCGAGCUGAAAGGGGGACCCUGACCCUGAGCAGUCACUGCCCGCCAACACCGUAUUAUAAGAAGGGACCUGAAACAUUGUAUCAUAGCGCUGUCACACACGCCGUUUUCUUGUGUUCACGCGUCUAAAACUGGCGCUGAACGCUAAGUUUUCCUAUGCCUUUAAAAUUUAUGAUACCGCCGUUUCCAUUGAAUGGAUAGCUUGAGACUUGGAUGCUGUGAGCGCCAGUGCCAGCGAUGUCACGACGCGGAAGAGCUUCGACUGGCGGCCUGAUCCAGCUCACAACUUCUCUCUUGCUUUGGCUUUACCUUUGGUCGCAUGGUGGUGUUGAUGCCGACACGUCAAGCGGCUGGCAAAGCUGUUUGGAUGUCUCCAACGUCACGCGAGAAGAGCUAGCGAGCUGUAUCGCUGGCGCUCUCCAAGCUCAGGCAAACUCUACUUGCCGGACGCGCGAAGAGGUCCAAUGGAAGGUGAACCCGUUGUGGUCCACCGGGAUAUUCGGUGCGCUGCUCAAGAGAUUUGUGAUGGGUGACGGCGACCAAGAUGGCCACAUCCACAUGCUGCGGAUGCCAGCGUUGAGCGACAUUCACAUCCCCGCCGACCUGACAUCUUACCGCCUCUUCUCACAGCGCCACGCAUCAGACAUCUGGACAUUUGACUACAGCGGCUCCAUCACUUCCGUAGCAGAGAUCCUGGGGCGCGGCGUCAAAGGCCUGCCGGAGAACGCGGUGUGCACCUACCCCACCGCCAUCACCGCCGAUGAGGCGGCCGCCGCGGCCGCAGCCAGCAUCGAGUGGGCCAGCGGCGGCACGACCAGCAGCAGCAACAACAGCAAUAGCAGUGCCGGCGGCAACGUCAACGCCACCUACGCCACCACCAACCCAUUCAGCAGCCUAGGACUGCUGGCGCCGCGCGCCUACCUCCUCAGCUUCUACCGCCAGGACACCCUGUCACUGCUAGCAGCCGAGGGCCGCCUGCCCGCCGCCGCCCUCACACGCCUGAACAACGGCACGGCUGGGGUCAACCCCACGCCCACGCCCCCCGCCAGUAGCCCUACCGGCAGCAACGCCACGGCCUCGCCGCCGCGGCUGACGCUGGCGUUUGUGGCUCAGCAGCUGCUGUCGGACUGGGAGGCGGUGUUGGAGCUGCUGGAGGCGCACGCCGAGGCGGUGGCGGCGUAUGAUGGCGCGGGCCGGCCGCUGCCGCCGGCGCUGCCGCGCUAUGGGCUGUGCCAGCAGGUCGACAUGGACUGCUCAUCCGUGGGCCACCUGUGGCGGGCCAUAGGCGCCUCAGUGAUGCAGACGCGCGGCACAUGGCAGGGAUACCUGGGGACCGUGGAGGAGUGGACGGCGACACAGCCGCAGCCGUCCACCGGCACCACCACCGGCACCACCGGCACAUCCGAUAACAGCAGCUCCGCCACUGCCGCAAACACCACCACCACCACCACCACCACCGGCACCAGCUCCAGCUCCACCACGAGCCCGCAGGACUCGCUUGUAAGCGUGGCCGGCUGGCGCUACGCCACACGUCUGCUGCGCCGCCUGCUAGCCUACAACGCGCCGCCGCCGCCCGCAGCCAACGACGCCGAUCAACAGGCCUCGUCGGCGGCCUGGUUUGCCGAGUUCGUGGCCAAUGGCGCCACUACCAACCCCGCCGCCACGCACAGCGACUUGCAGGUGGACCCCUUUUCCGCCCUGCUGAACAGCAGCAGCGUGGAGAGCGACGCGCAGCUGGCCCAGAAUCUGAUGUGCGACGCCAUGGCUCCCGCCUUCCUGCGCGGUGACUGCCUGCUCACGUUCGAUUGGGACGCGGUGUGGGCGGCCCUGCCGGGGGCGGCGGCGGAUGUUGGCGGCCCAGAGGCGCGGGACCGAAUGACGGCGCCCGGCGUGUUGGGCGUGGCACCCCUGCCCGGCAGCCGCGUGGUGGUCAACCGCACCAGGACCACGAGCAGCAGUAGCACCAGCGGCAGCAGCAGCAGCAGUGGCACGGCGGGGCGCUACUCGGACGAGUUGGUGCCCUGUACGCCGGCGCUUUGUGGCAUGAGCGUCUUGCAUGACGACCUCUACCUCACGCCCCCGCCCGCCUCCGCCUCCUCAACAAGCACCACCAGCACCAGUGGCAGUGGCGGCAGCAGUGACGCCGCCGCUGUCAUCAAGGCAGGGGCCCUGGCGGUCGCGGCCAGGGCGGUCGUGGCCGAGGUGGGCCCGGCGGCCGUGUGCGGGCCCCGCGGAGUGGCACUGGCGGAGGCGAGGGCGGUCCAGGCGUCCCUCGCGCCGCCGCCCCAGCCGCCGCCACCACCAGCGCAAGGCUCCAACAGCACCAGCGCCAGCCCCAACACCACCAGCAGUGUGGGCUUCUUCGCGGCCCUGUCCAACGCUGAAGCCGAACUGGAGGCUGCGGACGCGGCGGCUGCAGCCGCGGCGUGUGAGGCCGCGGGACUGAUCCUGGUGAACCGCGCGCCCUACUCAGCAUUCGCGUACGCAGGCACCCUAUUGAGCGACCCAGCCCUCAACGACAUCAUUGACGAGGUGGAGGAGCUGUGGGCGCUGCGGCAGACCGUGUCAGACGCGGCGCGGCUGGCGGCGGGCUUCACGUCCACAUCCUCUCCCACCAGCACCACCGGCAGGAGCUGGAGCGGCAACGACUUUAUCCGCUUCCCCUGGUGGCGGUCCACCUCGCCGCUCACCUGCGGCCACCUGGACCACGGCCAGGCCACAAACGGAACCAACAGCACCAGUGGGGGCGCCAGCGAGGGCACCAUCGGCGUGUUUGACGUCAGCCCCUUCACGGCGCGCGGCCUGCCCGCCGCCGCCUCGCGCGCCUACAUGGUGGCGCUGUGGCACGGCGUGCACAGCCCCAACGCCGCGCCGCACUUGCUGUGGCCGCCCUACGUGAACUGGAUGGACUGGGCUUUCUCGCGCGUGGCUGUGCUGCUGCAACCCAACAUGACAGCCGGCAUAUCCCUGGACGUCGUGGCCCUGCCAACCGGUAGCCAGCAGGCCCCGGCUCCGGCCGCGGCACGCCGCCGCAGGGCCCGACUGAAAGCGGACGCGGCCGCCGCCAUCGCUGGCAGCAGCAACGAGGGCGCCGGUGGCGAGGCCGCCGGCGCCCUGCAGCGCGGGGGCGGCGGCGGCGGCAGGUCCCUGGCUGCAGACACCGCGGGGGGCAGCGGCAGUAGCAGUGGCGCUGCUGAGGAGCGGCUGGAUGCGCUGGUGACGUCUGCUCUGGCGGCGAUGCUGGCGCUGACACGUGCGGACGUGGGCGAUGCGGUGCUGGCGGCCACCUACAGCGCGUCCAUUGGGGCGGAUGUGGGUGUGGUGCGCGUGGUGUACCCGCCCGGCGUCAGAGCUGCGGCAGGCGGCAGCGGCAGCGGCCUGAGCGGCGGCGCGCUGGCGGCGGUGGCGGUGUGUUCCGCGUUUGCGGCGAUGGUGGUGCUGCUGCUGGCGCUGCUGGUGCUGCUGCGGGCCACGGGCGUCAUCAACGCAGUGCCUGGCGCCGCUGGCCGCGACAUGCUGGGGCGGGUGCGGGCGCCGCGGGUGGGCCCCGACACCACCCUGCUCAUCACGGACAUUCAAAAUUCGACCAUUCUGUGGGAGUCGCUCCUGCCCGAGACCAUGAACACCUCCAUCGCGCUGCACCACGGCGUCAUGCGGAAACUCAUGGCCACACACGGCGGCUACGAGUCUGCCACGGAGGGAGACUCCUUCAUCAUCGCCUUCGCCUCCGCCACCUCCGCCGCCGCCUUCGCCGCCGCCUGCCAAGUGGAGCUGCUGCUGCUGCCCUGGCCCCCCGAGCUGCUUGAGCACCCGGACGGCUGCACGGUCAUGGCCUCCGCAACGCCUGCGCCCCCCAACACACCUGGCGGCGGCGGCCCCGGAGGCGGCGGUGGCGGUGGCGGCGGUUGCGGAGGCGGACGCAGCCCGCUGCUCAGCGGCACCGGCAUCAGCAGUUGGAAGCAGGAGGCGCCGCCGCCGGGCCGCUCGCACAGCGGGCUGGGGCUGGGUGAGGGCGGGGCGGCUGGGGGUGUGGGAGGAAGCGGAGGCGCGGGCCUCGCCACCCACAGCGACCCGACUGGCGGCAGUGGCCGGGGCGGCCCCAGUGUGGCGCCUGUGUCAGCUCGGGCCAUGGCCAGCCUCGGCGGCAUGGUCGGGGGCGGCAUGGUCGGGGGCGGUGUGGGCGGGUUGGUGGAUGUGGUGGCCGUGACGGCGGGCCUGGGCGGACGCCUGCGGGCUGGUGGGGCUGUCGGAGGUGUAGGAGGUGUAGGAGGUGUAGGAGGCGGCGGCGGUCUGGCUGACUAUGCCACUGGUGACUCCAUGGCAGCCUACGGCACAGACGACACUACAGCAGACGUCAGCCACAAGGGCGCACAGGCGCAGCUGCUGCUCGCGCACGAAGCGGUCGGCGGCGCCGGCGCCGGCAGUACACGGCCCAAUGGAGUCAAGCUGAGUCAGGCGCCGCCGCCACGGCCCACCAGUCCCAUCAACAUCCACAACAACGCCGCGGGCGGCCCCGGGGCCGGGGCCGCCGGCACGGAGGCGGCGCUUGCCUUGUCUCCCGCCGGCCGCCGCGUGGGCGGGUCGGGCGUCCCCGCCGUUGUGCUGCCCUCCCCCAGCACCCGCCUGCUCAUGGCUCUGGGGCUGGCCGGCGGCGGCGCCAGUGGCGGUGGCGGCGGCCGGGAAGGUUGCAGCGGCAGUGGCGGCUCUUCGCCCAUGGCAUUCCUUGCCGCGGCCAUGUCCAGCAGCCGUCGCUUCCAGCCCAGCUCGUCCACGCCCCCGAGCCAGCCGACGUCGCAGGGGCAGCCGCAGUUGGGGCAGCAGCUGGGGCCGCGGCAGCCGAGUGCGUUGGAGGGCGUGUUGGUGACCUCGGCCUCGGCUGUGGCUGCUGCGGACACCGGCCGUGGCGGUAUCCCCACCAUCCCGGUCGGUGCGACACAGACGUCGGCGGCGGGUCUGGACUCGGCGGAGGUGGCACUGGGCGGCGCACUGGCCGUGGCGCUGCACUCCACCACAGACACCUUGGUGGGACACGAUGCCAGGAGCACACCAGGAGGAGGAGGAGGCGACCCCUACACAGCCAGCUCAAGCCCCGGCGGCGGCCGCGCCGCCGCCGCCGCAGCCCCCGACGUGUCUGUGGACCCGUCGCACGGCAGCCGGCCCUACCCUGUCGCGCCCUCGCCCACGCUCUCUCAUGCGGGCGGCGGCAGUCGCCCCGCGGACGGCUCGCCCGGUGGCGGCACCCACAGCACCGCCGGCGCCGGAAGCAAGUGGUCGGGCGGCGCUGGAAGCAACAGCGGCCGCGCGCGCAGCAAGAGCAUGUUCAGCCGCUUGAGCCUGGGCGGCGGCGGCAAGGCCGUCACGGCGCUCAGCGGCCCUUGCUCCCGCUCCGGAGCCCGGCUGUCCGGCCUGGUCGAAGGCGGCAGCGUCAGCGGCGGCACUGCCAAUGGCGGGCUGCUGGGCACGCCGCAUGACGCCAGUGCCGCCAUGGCCGGCACCGUGUCCGUGCCCGCGCCGUCGGCGCAGCAGCGGGCGCUGGAGGCGUUCGGGCUGAGUGCCGCCGCCGAGGCGCGGACCUGGCGGCAGCUGCUGGCGCUGGCGCUGGCGCAGGUGCUGGCGGCGGGAGGCGGCGGCGGCGGAGGAGGAGGAGGCGGAGGAGGAGGAGGCGGUGGAGGCACGGGCGUGACCGGCCGCGCGCAGUCGCAGGGCCAGGUGGUGCUAGGGCAGCCGGCGUCGAGGCAGGCGUCGCAUUUGAACAAGCCGCACGGCCCCAGCAGCAGCGGCGCGCUGUCAGCUCCGGAGGGCGGUGGCAUGGUGCCCGUUGGCGGCGGCGGCGGCGGCGGUGGCGGCGUCGCCUUCCUGCCUCGCUCCUCUACGCCAGGCUCCUCCUCCACGCCGCUCUCUCACAGCGGCUCCAAUGACGCGGCAGUGCGUGGCGCCGGAGGCGGGGGCGGGGAGAGCCAGCUGCGCAAGGCGAUUCGGGCGGCGGUGCGCAAGCCCGCCCUGACGCCGUGUCAGCUUGGCGAGCAGCCGGCGGGCGGCGGCGGGGGCGGGGGCGGCGGCGGGCGUGAGGUGAUUGUGCUGCGCGGUUUGCGUGUGCGCAUCGGUCUGGCCAGCGGUCUGGACGACCCGCGUCACAUCACCUUCAACGCAGUGGCCUCAACCUACAACUACCAUGGCCCCCUGAUGGAUGCCGCAAAGGCCGUGGGCGACGCGGCCCCAGGCGGCGGCAUCCUCUUCAGUGCCACAGCCUUCGCGCGCCUUCGCAACGUGUCAGCCGGCGCGGAGCAACCGCCGCCGCCGCCGACCGGCUCCGCCACCGCGGCCAAGGGUGGUAGUGGUGGCCAGCGCGACUCGAUCACGGGUGCGCCCGUGGAGGACACAGCCGCCGACGCCGCUCGUAGCCUUGCCAGGCAGCAGCGCCGCGCGCGGCUGGCGUCACGCCUUGCUGCGCUGCUGCCAACGCGGCUGCUGCUGCCGGCCGUGAGCCGUCAGGAGCUGGCGGCAGCUGCCGCGGCGGCGGGGUCCCUGGUGGUUGUGUACGCCGGACACCACCUGCUGCCCAACAUGCCGGAAGCCGCCGGCCCCACAGGCCACGAGGACGAGGACGCGGCCACCGUCACCGCCACCGCCACCUCACCGCGGCGGCCGCAGCUGCAGUCCAUCACCGCUGCCUCGGCCACGGCGGCCGGCCGCGCCGGCGGCGCGGGCGGGCGCAACUCCAUGGUGCUGAUGGAGAUCGGCUUUUCGACCAACGGCGAGGAAGACGACGCCGAAGGCGGCACAGCGGUGCCCGCCGGGGCAGGCGAGGGCGGCUCCUCAAAGGACCUUGGCGGUGGCGGCAGUGGCGCCCGGGGCGCCGCCGCCCGCCGCGCUUCCACGACCGCGACCACGGGCAUGGGCCUGCCUGGCGGCGACGGAGCGCGCGGCGGCCCCGCUUCUGGCGCGCGGCCGGUCCUGGCCACCGGCUGGGGCGGCGGCCUCAAGGUGUUGCUGCACGCCAGCCUGGGCACGCCGCUGUUCCUGGCCGCCCCCGCGCCGCUGCUGUCGCGCCUGUGCCACCCCGCCUUGCCGCCGCUCCGCAGCCUGGGCUGCACGCAGCUCUCCACACUCGACGCGCCGGUGGGCUGCGUGGCCAUCGCCUUCCUGCGUGUGGUGGGCGUGGGGGGGCUGCUGGCGGAUGUGCCGGGGCCCGCCAGUCGCGGUCUGGCGCUGCUGCACCGCACCGUGUGUGAGCGGCUGGGCGCCGCGGGCGGGUACCUGGUGGAGGGCGGCGAGGGCGGGCUGGUGCUGGCGGCCUUUGGCAGCGCGGCGGCGGCGGUGGAGUGGGGGCUCGACUGCGUGGAGGCUCUCAAGUGGCUGGACUGGGAGCCGGAGCUGCUUGCCCACGAGAUGGCGGAGGAGGUGGCGACCUACGGCUCCGUAGUGGCGCCCGCGCCCCGCCCCUACCCCGCGCCGCCCUCCGCCUCCCUGCGCGGCUCCCUGGUGCUGCCGCCCGACCCGCUCGCGCCCCUCAACCAGCAGCCGGGCGCACAGCAGCCGCCGCAGCCCGCGGCCCUGGACUCCAUGGGCCUAUGCGGCGGCAGCGGCGGAGCCACGAUGCCAAGCGGCACCCACGGCAUGGGGCUCGGAGGUGGUGGCGGCGGCGGAUUCGCGGGCCUGUUAGACACGUCCGCCAGCAGUGUGGCGGCCGACGGCUGCAACAGCCUCACCCUGGCCCUGGGGAACACACUGGGCACCGCCGCCCUCGCCAACACCCGCGGCAGCGCUGUGUCCGGCAACGGGCCCGCUCGCGGCACCGCCAGUGGCCUGACAGUGGCAGGCAACUCCAACACCAGCCUUCCCUUCAUGCCGGUGCAGGCGCCGCACCUGCGCAACACGUCAUUCCGCUCGCCGCUGCCGCAGCUCAUCACCGCCCUCGCCUUCCGGCCCACCGCGGCGGCGGGCGACGCAGCUGCAGGCGCAGCCGCCAGGCCGCACCACCACCUCCACCACCUGAACGCCCCAGGUAGCAGCCGGUACCGCCAAUCGGCGCCGCACAGCUUGGACGAGCGCCAGUUGCAGCCGCCGCCGCAGCCCGGUAGCAGCCGGUACUGUCAACUGGCGCCGCAGAGCUUGGACGCGCACCACCAGCAGCCGCCGCCGCAGCAGCAGCCGCACCAGCAGCCGCAGCCGCCGCAGCCGCAGCCCGACCUGGACAAGGUCCGGGCCACGGCGGGGCCUGUGGCAGCGGGGCCUGUGGCAGCGGGGCCUGUGGCAGCGGGGUCAGGAUCGGAGGCGGAGGCAGGGGCGGAGGAUGAGGACUCUUUCCGACUGCUGCCGCUGCCCGCCACCCAGCACACGCAGCCGCAACAACAGCAGCACACGCAGCAACAGCCUGCCAAUCUGCUGUACCGCCGACUCGGGUCGUCGGGCCGCGCGCAGAGCCAGCAAAACCAGCAGCUGCUGCCGCCCAGCCAACAACCGCGUUACCUGUCACCAUUCCUGCAACAUAAGAAGGGCUCGAGCGAUGGCAUGGGUGGCGCCGGCAGUGGGCCGCUGGGGCGCCUGCGCUCGCCCUCCACCCUGGCCUGCGUGCAGCAGUGCCUGCAGGCGCGCAAGGUGCUGUACCGGGGCAUUCGCGUCAAGGUGGGCAUCGACGUGGGGCUCACCUCGCACACGCUGGUGGACAGCAGCGGCCGCCUCAGCUACCGCGGCCGGGUGAUGAACCGCGCCGCGCGCAUCGUGUCGCUGGCGGCAGCGGGGCAGGUGCUGGCCAGUCGCGACGCACUGGCGGCUUGCCAGCCCGACGACGAGCAGGACGGGGAGGGCGCUGAAGGAGGGGGCGCGGGGCUUGCAGGGGAGGGGGGCCUGGCGCCCCCGGGCCUGAUGCCGCGUGUGGGGUUCAGCCGCGAGGUGGUGAGCGUGAGUCUGGGCCACCAGCAGCUCAAGGGCGUGCGGGAGCCGGUGGAGGUGCUGCAGUGCUACUUCGGCGGGGCGGGCGGAGGCGACUUCUGAGGAGCGGGGGUCCAUCCGGGAUCCAUUCGGGAUUCAUCUGGGAUUCAUCUGGGCCACAGAAGGGGGGCACGCUGGGUGCUUCUUGGAGAGUGGAGGGGAUGCGGCGGCGGGCUGUGGGUGGGCCGCCGCGAGGGGCGAGGGGGGCUGGGAGGCAGCGGGGUGCUUUGGGGGCAGUAGCAGCGGUUGGUGCGCCAGCAGUCGGCAGUAGCAGUACUGGGCGGAGCAGCCUGCAGCAGUAGCAGCCGCCUGGUGAAGCAACCGGGCGGGGCACACAACCUAAGCUGGCUGCCUGUGUUUGGCUAGCCCAAUUGACCAGCUUAAUAUAAUGCUUUGAGGCUUGCAGUGACUGACUGCACAUGGAACGGAAUGUGAAUCUGUGAUCCCUCAAGUUGCAAGGAACGGGCAGUAGUGAGGGAAUGGUGGCUACUCCGACCGCUUUCUUCUUGUUUCUCUGGGGCUUUAUUAUCCAUGCGGUUCCUCAAAGUGCACUGGUCGCUCUGUAUCGUACCAAUGUGAAGAUGGUUUAUUCCGCCCACAAUCUUAUUGAAGUUGCCAGCAGUUCGGCGCGUGCGCACCGUAGUAUCGGGCGGCAUACAAUGUUAAAGAUGAACCAUCUGUCAUACAAUUUGCGUAAUAUUAAGUUACAAUUGUCUGAGCUCGCGGUGCGCAGGGUGGAAGAGCCAGGAGGGCCAUCGCAUGAGCUGCACAAGGAAUGGCGGUGGGGGUAAAAUUGGAGCAGGAAGUUGGCAACACGCAUGGCCGGAGGUCGUGUUGGAACGUCAAGGGGGGGGGGGGCUGUGCGCGUUCAGGGGUACACGGUGGACAUUCGGGACAGGCGUUGCAGAUGGGUGGGAGGGGACAGUUCGUGCGAGAUCUGUGUCUUUCAGGCGACCUGGUUUGAGAGGCCUGCGCGCACAUGUUAUUAGCACCUGGAUGCUCAAUGACACGGAAUCUUGCCUGUUUGCUGCACGCAUUAGUAUUUGGUCCUGAUGCUACCGUAUCCUGAUGCUGUUAUGAUUGCACACCAGCGCUCCGCUUUUGAAUGUGCCUACAUGGCGGCAGCAAAUGCCGCUGCGGUCAGCAUGGCAACCAUGGCGGCAGCGUUCCUGCGGUCUAACUAGAAGGAAUGUGAUGCAUGCAACGCGCACGCGAGUUGCGUACGGAGACCCUUUUUGUUGUACCGCGACCCUCACUUCGUGCGCGUUGCAUUCAUCACUCGAGUGUGGGGAGUGUCCUUGGUGGUGGCGUUGGGCACGGUGUGUUUGGCAUGGGGCCUAGGGGGCUUCAAGCAAUAGGCAGGGUCCAAGCUGCGUUGCCGUGGGGCCUGGUAGGGCAGCGCGCCUGGGCACUGCAGCAGGUGGGCUGCGGUCGGGGGCCAGGUGGGUCCCGCCAUAACGUCCAUGCUGCUUGCCCAGCUCGCGGAUGGAGAGGCAAGGUAGCUGGACCGAAGUGUGAGGCAGUGCGUGUUGGGACAUCUAAUGUGGAGAAGACACGAUCAGGGAGGCGUGCUCUGUUGCUUUCUGAGACCCCUGUGUGCACCGACAGCCGGGGAGCUGCAGGGACAAGCCCGCCUGGUCGGCUGGACAGCGGCAGUCCGCUGGCGAGGGUGGGCUGUGCGGGUAAUUAUUGCUGCACAGCCCACUAGUAUCGUUCACGAAAAUGAACUCCCAUGCGUACCGUAUGGCGUAUUGGAGAAGGCACGAUUAGGGAGGCUUGCACUGUUUUGCUUUCUGAGUACCCGGUGUGCAACGAAAGCCAGGGACAAGCCCGCCUGGUCGGCUGAACAGUGACAGUGGCGAGGGUGGGCUGUAACGGUAAUUGCUA